GAGCGUCAUCUAGGCCUAACUGAAGCGUUAAAGUUUCUCGGUGCCUUAAAUUGCGCACACAUGGAUUACGAUUACCAAUGUGAAUUCAUCAACACGAAAUCAAACCCAGUUGGGUCCCAAUUUCAAGCUCCAAAUUCUUGAUUAUAUUUAUGAAUUCCCCGAUAAUCAUGGCGUCUUUCAGUGCUUCCUGUCAUGUAUUUGUAUUUGUAGUUAUAGCCAUUACCACCAUCCAUUUCUCACCUCACCUCACCAAAACCUCCAUUGCAACUUCCUUCUUCUUCAUCAAUGGCUGCCGACGACGACCAGGGUGGCGAGGAGUAUUUGUUCAAGAUUGUUCUGAUUGGCGACUCUGCGGUGGGGAAAUCCAACCUCCUUUCGCGGUUUGCUCGGAAUGAGUUUGAUAACAACUCCAAGGCUACAAUCGGCGUUGAGUUUCAGACCCAAGUGGUGGAAAUCGACGGUAAAGAGGUUAAGGCUCAGAUCUGGGAUACCGCCGGCCAGGAGCGCUUUAGGGCUGUCACUUCCGCUUACUACCGCGGCGCUGUUGGGGCGCUUAUUGUCUACGAUAUUAGCCGUCGGACUACUUUUGACAGUGCCAAGCGGUGGCUCGACGAGCUCGGCGUUCAUUGUGAUACGGCGACGGUGAGGAUGUUGGUAGGGAACAAGUGUGAUUUGGAGAACAUCAGAGAUGUGAGUGUGGAGGAAGGCAAGAAUUUAGCAGAAGAGGAAAGACUGUUCUUCAUGGAGACCUCUGCUCUUGAUUCCACCAAUGUCAGAACAGCCUUUGAGCUUGUUAUUAGGGAGAUUUACAACAAUGUCAGCAGGAAAGUCCUCAACUCUGAUUCUUACAAGGCUGAGCUUUCUGAAAAUCGAGUGAGUUUGGCUGAUGGAGGAGCCUCGUCCAAAAAGGGCUUCUCUUGUUGUUCUCAAUGAGUUUUAUGUUCUCUCUCUCCAUUUUUUUGGGAGUUUAAAGGAUUGUAUUAUAAAGUCUGGUAGGUGUAUUUCGGAUUAAUUGUUCUGAACUUUCAGUUUUGUGUCUAAUAGCUCUUUGAAUUUAAAAAAAUAUCUAAUAGGUCAAUAGGUCAAUGACCUAUUAGACAUACAAUAAAAAAAAGUUGGGAGUCUAUGAUUAAGUUUUAAAAGCAGGAACUUCUUAGACACCAAAUUGAAAAUGUAUGAAUAUCAGUUACUUAUUAAUGUCAAGGGGCAUAUUAAACAUGCCUUAGAAAGUUCUUUAUCUAAAUUUGUAAUGCGCUAUAAAAUAUUGGUAAAAUACCAUUUUAGUUGUGUAG